UAAGAUCGAAACAAAUAAACUGCUCAACGCAGAUGCUUCGUGUCUCGCGCGUCAGAAGUUACAUAUAUCUCGAUAAGAUUGUAGGAAAAAAAUACGCAGGAGAAUCAGAUACAAGAUCCGAAAGACCCCCCACGGUUUGGACGAACCAACUGCGAUAACAACUGCCUGGUAACCACUUGUUUGUCUUCCAUCAGUCCCAUCCACUUCAGUUCAGUCCACUUCAGUCCGCUUUGCGCUGUCUGCCACGCCGUGUGUCGACUACUAGUAUAACAAUGACCGAUCAUAAAAGAGUAAUCAAUUUCGGCGCUGGCCCAGCUAAAUUGCCGCACGAGGUUCUGAAAAAAGUACAGAAGGAAUUACUUGCGUACGGAAACACGCAAAUCAGCAUCCUUGAGUUAAGCCAUCGGUCGAAUGACUUUAAGAAAGUUAUCGACGAUGCACAGGCUACAUUGCGAGACAUCCUCUAUGUCCCUGACAACUAUAAAAUCCUGUUCAUGCAAGGAGGUGGCACUGGAAUUUUUGCAGCAGUUCCUCUGAAUAUCAUGAACACCGGCACUGCGGAUUACCUAGUAACCGGCUCAUGGUCUGCAAAAGCAGCAAAAGAAGCGGCCAAGUAUGGAAAAGUGAACAUGGUGCUUCCUAAAGUAACAAAAUACACGGAAAUUCCGGAUCCUUCCACCUGGAAAUUGGAUGCAAAUGCAUCAUAUGUUUAUUAUUGUGCCAAUGAAACUGUUCAUGGAAUCGAAUUUGAUUACAUCCCGGAAACAAACGGUGUACCACUUGUUGCUGAUAUGUCGUCUAAUAUACUUACGAAACCUUUUGAUGUGUCUAAAUUUGCAAUAAUAUUUGCGGGCGCACAAAAAAAUAUUGGACCAGCUGGUGUUACUCUAGUGAUUAUACGAGAUGACAUGCUCGGUCGUGCUAUGGAUGUAUGUCCGACAGUGUUGAAUUUUACUGUCAUGGCAAAUGAUAAUUCUCUGCACAAUACUCCACCUGUCUUUCAAAUAUACAUGGUGGGCUUGGUAUUUGAAUGGAUCAAAGAGAAUGGUGGAGUCGAAGGUAUGCAAAACUUUGCAAAGAAGAAGAGCGGCAAGAUAUACGAUGUGAUUGACGGGUCAGGAGGGUUUUACGUGUGUCCCAUCAAGCGAGACGCACGUAGUAAAAUGAAUAUUCCAUUCAGAAUAGGAAACGGUGAUGAGGAUCUCGAAAAGGAGUUCCUUUCUGGCGCUGCGGCUCGCGGUAUGUUGCAGUUAAAGGGUCACAGAUCAGUGGGUGGAAUACGUGCAUCUCUGUAUAAUGCAGUUACAGAAGAAGAAGCGGAAAUAUUGGCCAAUUAUAUGAAGUUGUUUUACGACAAAAAUUGCUGAAAACUAACUGUGAAAAAUGGCAAAAGUUAAAUUCGUUGACAAAAAUUAUUCAAAAAUGUUACUUGUAAAUAUACAUUUGUACUGAUUUCAAUAUACAAUAAUUUUUCAUAUGCAAAAUGUUUUGG